AUGAAAGAUGUGAUGAGAAAGAUGCCACAGCAGCGCACCGGCCUGGUGUAUGAUGAGCGCAUGAUGGAACAUUACAACAUGUGGGACAGUGGCCACCCUGAAGCUCCACAAAGAAUUGCACGAAUAUACCUGUGUCAUAAGGAGAUGGGACUGUUGGAUCGCUGCGUUCGUCUCUCCCCCCGUGUGGCAACCAAAGAGCAGCUACAAUUGUGCCACAGUCUUCCAUACAUUGAGAAGAUAGAAAGGUGUUCCCGACUGAAAGCCAGGGACCUGCAUAGAAUGGGGGAUGAGUAUAACUCCAUUUACAUCAACAACAAGUCUUACAGCAGUGCCUGUCUGGCUGCCGGUUCGACAUUCAGUGCGGUGGAAGCUGUUCUUACAGGGAAGGUUCAAAAUGGAGUCUGUAUCGUUCGCCCACCAGGUCACCAUGCAGAGCCAGGUGCUGCUUGUGGUUUCUGCUUCUUCAACAGUGUUGCCCUUGCUGCACGAUAUGCCCAGAGCCUUGAAAACCCGUCAGAACCGCGAUUAAGGGUAAUGAUUCUGGACUGGGACAUCCACCAUGGCAAUGGAACACAACACAUUUUCCAGGAGGAUGAU